AUGGGCUUUUUCAAGCUACUGGUGGCCUCUCCUGAGGUCAACCCUAACAGCCGCAAGGCGCUCUCCAUCCCGAUCUUUAAUCCUCUUGACACAUAUGGGCGUGUUUUCUUCUUCUCGUGGUUCGGGUUCAUGCUUGCAUUUCUUUCAUGGUAUGCAUUUCCACCUCUGCUGACUGUCACCAUCCGUGAUGAUCUACGCAUGUCGCAGACGCAAAUUGCAAAUUCAAACAUCAUUGCCCUAUUAGCUACAUUACUAGUUAGGUUUGUCUGCGGGCCGCUGUGCGAUCGUUUCGGUCCUCGUUUAGUCUUCAUUGGACUAUUGCUGGUCGGCUCUAUUCCCACUGCGAUGGCCGGUCUAGUUACAACGCCCGAAGGACUCAUAGCCCUACGAUUCUUUAUCGGUAUCCUUGGUGGCACAUUUGUUCCAUGCCAGGUCUGGUGCACCGGGUUCUUUGACAAGAAGGUUGUGGGAACGGCCAACUCCCUGGCUGCAGGUCUGGGUAAUGCUGGCGGUGGUAUCACAUACUUUGUUAUGCCUGCCAUAUUCGACUCGCUCGUCCAUAACCAAGGCCUUCCCGCACACAAAGCAUGGCGCGUUGCCUAUAUCGUCCCUUUCAUCCUUAUCGUUGCUGCCGCCUUGGGUAUGCUGUUUACAUGCGACGACACGCCAACAGGGCCAUGGUCAGAACGUCACAUCUGGACAAAGGAGGGAACACAGUCUCAAGGCAACAUUGUCGACCUUAAUUCCGGCAACCAGUCUAUACAGCCUUCCGGAACCCCCUCGAUCAUCACCAACGUCGCUGUAGAUGUGGAAAAGAAAGGCACCCAGUCCCCCAUAGAAUCCGACGGCACCCAAGUAAUGGGCCAGCUCGAUGCCCUCCGAACAGAUGCCGUCGUCGCUCCCUCCCGAAAAGAAGCCAUGAGCGUUGUCCUCAGCCUCGCAAGUCUAGCGCUCGCCAUUCCCUACGCCUGUUCCUUUGGUUCAGAGCUUGCCAUCAACUCCAUCCUCGGCGAUUACUACGACAAGAACUUUCCAUACAUGGGCCAGACGCAAACAGGAAAAUGGGCCGCUAUGUUCGGUUUCCUCAACGUUAUCUGCCGUCCAGCUGGUGGGUUUCUCGCUGAUGUUCUUUACAACUACAGUGAGACGCUGUGGUCGAAGAAACUCCUUCUCUCCUUCCUCGGUGUCGUGAUGGGUGCUUUCAUGCUUGCAAUGGGUCUUUCAGACCCGAAGUCCGAGGCGACCAUGUUUGGUCUUACUGCUGGUCUUGCAUUUUUCCUCGAGGCCUCCAAUGGUGCCAUCUUCGCCCUUGUACCCCAUGUCCAUCCAUUUGCUAAUGGUAUCGUAUCCGGUAUAGUAGGGGGCUUUGGAAAUCUAGGUGGAAUUAUCUUCGCCGUUAUUUUCCGAUACAGCCACCAUGACUAUGCUCGCGGGAUCUGGAUCUUGGGAGUAAUUUCCAUCGCAGCGAAUAUCGCAGUUGCUUGGAUACGACCUGUUCCGAAGAGUCAGAUGCGAGAGUAA